GUACAAACUUAUACUCAGUUCAGUCUUCAGUUCUAAUAAACUUUACUGAAAUUACACUGUUACUUGUAAGAAUUCUUAGAUCUUGUAAAUGUAAUUUAUUCCAACAAAGAGGAGAGAAUUUUAAACCUUAUUUCCACUAAAUAGAUCUAAAAAAAUUGUUUCAUACCAAUCACACGUCUCCAUUGGUGAGAGAAAAGUGUGUAGUGAGCGUGUAGAGACUGAACACACUGAGACAGGACUUCCGCCCAGCGCUCUGAUGAAUGUGGGACAGUAAAGACGCUAAACUAACAGUAAGGGAAGGUCGUGAACAGCAGCAACACAAGUGCACUGAACACAACGUUCUUCACUGAUAAUGACGUUGAGGAGAAACAGGAACAUGCUGGUGAAUAUUGUAGCAGAAAUCAGGACUCUCAGGACUCUUCUUCUCCUGCUGUGCUGUUUACUGUGUGAAGCUGGAGACAAGACGGUCACACUGCAGGAAGUGGAAGGAACCACUAUAACUCUCCAUACUGGGAUAACUGGGAUUCAGAGGGAUGCUCAUAUAGUUUGGUUUUAUGGACCUGAGAAAGCAAAGAAAAAGAUAUUGAUUAGUCAGGUGUUUAAAGGAGAAACUGUUACAGACAUCAGUGAGAGAUUUAAAGAGCGACUGCAGCUGGACAGAAUCAGUGGAGCUUUAACCAUCAGGAACAUCAGCAGAACUGAUUCUGGAGUUUAUUUAUUACAAGUCAUCACUGAACAUCUCUCAUCUAGGACUUUCAGUGUCAGUGUUUAUGCUCCAGUAUCAACUCCAGUAAUAAUAAAUGAAAGAGGAAAGCGAAGUGUGAUUUCCACAGAGUCGUGUUUCCUCCUGUGUUCUGUGGAGAAUGGAGAAGAUGUGAAGUUAUCCUGGUACAGAGAGAAUGAGAGAAUCUCCAUCACCAAUAACACAGAUCUCAGUGUUCCCCUCAAUCUCCCACUUCAAAUACAACACAAUGACAUUAACACUUACAUCUGUGUGUCUGCAAACCCUGUCAGCAAUAAAACAACUUCUCUCAACAUCACACAGCUCUGUGACGUCUCAGACAAAUCUGAUGGUUUUCCUUCACUGCUUCCUGUCCUGAUAUCAGCUGGAGUUUUCCUGCUACUAAUACUAACAGGAUUUGUGUGGGUUUGGCUAAAAAGAAAACACAAGGUCCUAAAGAAACUUAAGGAAGUGACUUUCACUGAGGUGACAAUUACAGCUCACAGUGCAGAGAGAGUUAAAAAGGAAGAAAAGUCCAGAAUAACAGAUGGUCAAGAGCUGAAUACCUUCAUGAUGUACUCAGCUGUGGAGACACUGACAUAAUUCAGUACAUAUUUAUUUAUCAAAAAGAACAUUAAAUGAUAAUUAAUCAAUUUCUUUUAUAGGUCACUGAUCUAUAAUUCAUUUAUAUUUAAUAACCUUUGAAUAUUGGAGUUUGGAUUAAAAAAUAAUAACAUUCUCGAUCUGUGUACUUCAUUAAACUACAAAUAAAAACAGUUUACUCUUCAA